GUUUCGGUUUUGUGACAGUCUGAUUUGGCUUAGGAGCAUGUAAUUUCGUGGUGGCGGCUGGUCUGGACAUUAAUAACAGUAGCUUUUGAGCACCCAACUCUUGCCAUGGCCGAUGAAAAGAAAAGUGAUACGACUGACAAUAAGGACAGGCAAUCAACUGAGGAACGGCCAGAGAAUGCUGCCACCAGCUAUGGCCUCGAAGAUCACGAGGCGACUGCUAUGGAUCCGCGGGUCAAUGAAUUGAGGAUGGCACGCUCCCAGCAUGGACGCCGGCUAUCGAAAACAUCGAAAACAUCAAAAUCGCUGACUGCGAGUCCAAGCACGAUUACACAUCAUCCAGCAAACCCUGAGUUGGUGUCGCCCAAUGCGGCGACAAACUACGGCCUCGAGGGUUACAAGGCCACCAAGGCGGAUCCACGGAUUAUCAAUAUGCAAACGCCAAAACGCAGCCCUCCAACUACGCAGCAACCACCGCAACCUCCGCAACUAGAGGAGCCCCAAAAUCUUGUGGUUUUCAAACCGUCAAAAGAAGCACGGACACCAGUCGAUACACCAGCUAAAUCACUCCAAAAACUCCCAUCACAAGCAGCAAACUCUUCACAACCACCACAAACAGCAAGCUCUUCACAACCACCACAAGCAGCAAACGCUUCACAACCACCACAAACACCACUGCCACCACCACCACCGCAACCGCCAUUAGCUGCAAGACUCCCACCAGUUCAGUCGAAACCGUCGACUGUGCGUACUGCUGAGCAGGAAAAGAGUCAAGUGCGAGAAAAGAAAAUGGUCAUCUCGAAGUUCACCAACACCGAUGUCAGCUUCGAUCCAUCGAAGGAGUUCGCCACCAAGACCACAAACACUUCGGGCAAACUCUACGCAGAUGAUGAGGAUGAGAGGAGUGCACCAGAGCCAGCACCACCACCACAAGUAAAGGCGACUUCAACAAAACUUGAUUUGGACGAAGCUUAUGUGUUUGCGGUGGCCCUGGUAAGGAAGGCCGGGGCAUAUGCGUUGACUGCCAACAAGACGAGGCUGUCGUUUACCACCAAGGAGCACGAGAGGGAUCUGAACACACGCGUCGACAUGGAGAUCGAGGCGAUGAUUGUGAACGCAAUUACGGAAAAGUAUCCCGAUCACAAGAUAAUUGCCGAGGAGGCAGUGUCGAAUUCGGCGACGGGUCAAGUUACACUGAGCAGUUUGCCAACCUGGAUUAUUGAUCCCAUCGAUGGUACCAUGAAUUUCGUACAUCAUUUCCCCUACUAUUGCAUCUCGGUGGCACUUCUCAUUGACAAGGAGACCGCCUUCGGGAUUGUGUUCAAUCCGCCGUUGCAGGAAUUCUAUGUGGCGCGUAAGGGCACUGGUGCCCAGCUUAAUGACAUGCCAAUGCAUACCACCAACCAGGAGAGCCUCCGGGGUGCAAUGAUUCUGCAAGAGUAUAGUUCCGGCAUGAACGAGUCCCGCACCUCAGCUUCCAUGGAGAACACGAAGCGACUCAUCCAGAAGACACAUGCCUUACGUUCGAUUGGUUCCUCGGCGAUGGGUUUGGCAAUGGUUGCCUCUGGUGUGGCGGAUGCGUUUUACUUCUUUGGCCUGCACGUCUGGGAUAUGGCUGCUGGUAACAUAUUGGUCACUGAAGCGGGCGGCACCGUCAUCGAUCCCUCUGGUGGCGAGGUGGAUAUUAUGUCGCGACGAGUCCUUGCCGCGGCAACGAAACCACUUGCCCUCGCACUGUCCACGAAUCUGGUGCAGAAUUAUCCCAAGCCGCGCGACGAUGAGCCAAGGAGCCCCGCUGAGCCGCUAACAAAGGAUUUCAAUGCUCAGACCGAUUUUACCGACUCAAGCUCCUCAUUCGAUUCGGACGUCUCGAGGAUGUCCAAAUAUCAUAAUGUAUCCUAACACAAUUCAAUUAACCAGCUGCUCACCAUGAAUUUGACACGCAAACUAGUAAAUAUUUUGGUACGAUAAAUAA